GCUGCCUCUUGGCAUUUAAAGGUCCGCCGCCGGUGAUGCGCACGGGGCUGAAGGUAAAACCGUGUCACCUGAUUGACUGAAACUCUCAGAAAGGAAAAGAAGAAAAAAAAAAAAGAAGGGGGAAGAAAGAAGGAUCUCCACCCCCCAAACACUGAGACACACAUCGGGAGACCGCCCACCGCACACAGCUAAGACCCCCUUAUAGAUUUAAAGAGAGACUGCAUAGCCUGACGUUCAUUCAAUAGAGCGAUCCCAGCGCGUCCGUUCCACCGAGCGCGUCUCUCCGGCUUCCCCCGAGCGUCUGUGUGCCACUAAGGAUGUUAAAUCAGAGAAUCCGCCCGGGCUUGCUUGUACUGCUCACUAUCUGCCUGUGUCAUUACAUGGAAGAUCACACAGUUCAGGCUGGGAACUGCUGGCUUCAGCAAUCCAAGAACGGCCGCUGCCAGGUUCUCUACAGGACGGACCUGACCAAGGAGGAAUGCUGCAAGACUGGCAGGCUGGGCACCUCGUGGACGGAGGAAGAUGUCCCCAACAGCACCCUCUUCAAAUGGAUGAUCUUCAACGGAGGGGCCCCUCACUGCCUCCCCUGCAAAGAGACGUGUGAGAAUGUGGACUGCGGUCCCGGAAAGAAGUGUAAGAUGAAUAAGAAGAACAAGCCGCGCUGUGUGUGCGCCCCGGAUUGCUCCAACAUCACCUGGAAGGGCCCCGUCUGCGGCCUGGAUGGCAAAACCUACAAGGACGAGUGCGCCCUGCUCAAGGCCAAAUGUAAAGGAGUGCCCGAGCUGGAUGUGCAGUACCAAGGCAAAUGUAAAAAGACCUGCAGAGACGUCUUAUGUCCCGGGACGUCCACGUGUGUGGUGGAUCAGACCAAUAAUGCAUAUUGUGUGAUGUGCCACCUCAACUGCCCGGAACCCACCUCACCGGACCAGUACCUGUGCGGCAAUGAUGGCAUCACCUAUGCCAGUGCGUGUCACUUGAGGAAGGCCACCUGCCUGCUAGGCAGAUCUAUCGGGCUGGCGUAUGAAGGAAAAUGCAUCAAAGCCAAGUCAUGUGAAGACAUCCAUUGCAGCGUGGGCAAGAAAUGCCUAUGGGACAGUAGAGUGGGCAGAGGACGCUGCGCCGCUUGUGACGACGUCUGUCCAAACAGCAGGUCUGAUGAAGCGGUUUGCGCCAGUGAUAACACCACCUACCCAAGCGAGUGUGCCAUGAAACAGGCAGCCUGUUCCUUGGGGAUACUUUUGGAAGUCAAACACAGCGGAUCUUGCAACUCCAUUAAUGAAGAACCGGAGGAAGAGGAUGAAGAAGAGGAUCCAGACUACAACAGCGUCUCUCUAUCUUCCGUCCACUGGUAAAACUGUUGGAACAGCCUUUCUGGGCACGGAUUAAAGGGGCUCUCUGUCCAAAACUGAUAUUUCCAUUAUGAGUAGAUUCCAGUGGGCUGGAUUACCAAAUGUCUUUUUUUUUUUACCUCUUGGGGAUUCCAUUCAUGAGAUCUUCUGCAGUCUCCCGUUCCCUGCUAUACAACCUUCCUGAGGCACAGGGAGAGCUUUCAUCAUGGCCACAGCAGAUUGGCGUUCAUGGAAAUUAAGCAUUGAGAUCUCACCAAUGGAGUCCAAGAAGGGUGAUUUAGCCCCACCCCCCUGGUGUCUACUCAAAAUGGAAAUAUCAGUUUUGGGCGGGCUGACCCUUUAAUGUCCAUACUGUACAUAGGUGUAUGCUUAUUUAUUUUGAAGAAGAAAAAAAGUAUACAUAUAGUUGAGUCGGGUAGACAUUUAUUUAUACAGUGUCAUGUUUUAUAAUUUAUACAUAAAAUGUCUGUUUGACUGUACACCUUGUUUUGAAGAAAAUAUAUUCGUCAAAGGGAGAGCAGUGUUAUUUAUUGUGAGAUGCCUUUUGCUUGUAAAGUUCAGCUUAUUAUUUUUUCUCUUCUUGUAAGUCCAUUCCUUACAACUGACCAUGACUGUCUGCUCUAUAAACUGAAGUUACAUAGCAGGACUUGGCAAAGCUCUACAGGAUGGAGGCCGCUGCCCUGCAUAAAGCUGGCCAUAAAUGCUUAGAAUUUCUCUUGUUCUGCCCCAUGGGCUGAAUGAGAGAAAUCUAUUGAUUCCCCC